AAAAACAACGCAAAUAACGUACUACGGCACCUGAGAAGGGAAGGGAGGAGAAGAGAAGAGAAGUGUGAAAGAUGUUCCUACGCGUGAUCGGACGGCCAUUGAUGGCCAAGGUGAAACAAACGACGGGGAUCGUCGGACUGGAUGUGGUUCCCAACGCAAGGGAAGUUCUUAUCAAUUUGUACAACAAAACCCUAAAAGAGAUCCAGGUUGUUCCCGAAGAUGAGGGAUACCGUAAGGCGGUGGAGAGCUUUACACGACACCGUCUCAAGGUCUGUCAAGAGGAAGAAGAUUGGGAAAUGAUCGAGAAACGUCUCGGAUGCGGCCAGGUUGAGGAGCUUAUCGAGGAAGCCCAAGACGAGCUCAAACUCAUCGCCAAAAUGAUCGAGUGGGAUCCUUGGGGUGUUCCUGAUGACUAUGAAUGUGAAGUUAUUGAGAAUAAUGCGCCAGUUCCCAAGCAUGUUCCUCUGCAUCGACCUGGUCCUCUGCCUGAGGAAUUCUACAAGACGUUGGAGGCUGUUACCACAAAGGAUGCUCCUGCUGUCACCUCUGGUGAGUCACUGUCUAAGGAAUAAUAUGCUGCCUGGCACUUGUCUGGAGGAACAAUUAGUCUCAUGGUUGAAUUUGUUUUUCUCUUGAAGAUUAUCUUGUUGCUUUGUGACCUGCCUGUUUUUGGGUUGAAUAGGGUUUGAUUUAUGAGACAAACUUGAACCAUUCGGUUAAUAAUCUUGACAUGACCAGGUGUUACAAGA